CUUGCACUCACUCAGUGCUCUCUGGGGUCUAAUUAAUUUACUUCUGUGUCUAUUAAUAUCCAGCACUCACUUGGAGGCCACCUACUCUCCCUGCCUAAACCAGUACUGACCUUGCUGAUAACGGUUGUUUUCUGGUUUAUGAACUUGUACUUUUUUCCUAGUACCUUUUUGCACACUUUGUGCACUGAGCUGUGCACUCGCUGUGAUUAUUCAGACAUUCUGCAAUCAAGUCCUUCACUCACACUUUGCUGACACUAACAAAGGUCAUUGUGAUCUGUGCCUGAGGCUAAGGUGAUGCUCAGAUUUUCUUUGUAAAGCUUGAUAGGUAAAGGUUGCCACUAUGGCUCCUGGUCCUGUGAACCCUGACCACAUCCUGCUUCCUCUAUGUUCUGCACUGGGGAUGUUUCUGCUGCUCUGCGGCCUUUGCACACUCUGCAAAAGAAGGAAGAAGAGGAAGAUGAGGAAUAUUUGUUCCAGUGGAGUGGCCCUCGUGGAUGUGACACUGCUUCGUCAGACUCAACUGCGAUCACUCAGCAAGUCUGACACUAAGCUGCAUGAGAUCCAGAGGCCACGACCAGGAGACUCCCAUCUGCGGCCUGUCAGUAUGGACCAACUGUACCACUCUCCACAAUGGCAGGUCCAAAUUGCUCCGAAUGGUGAUGAUGCUACGUACUCCAACUUGAACUACAACCCCCAGCCCCCCCAGAACUCUCUGUAUGAAUGUGUGGGAUCACGAGAAGAGAUGGAGAGUUCCCUAAGUGAAUCUCAAGUCAAUGCUGUGACUGCAGAGUAUGCCUGUGUGCGAAAGGUCAAGAAAGGCGGAAACCAGGUGGCCCAGGAACCCAGAGAUGAGAAAAUAUCAUCACCGCCAUCUGAGGGUAUCUGUCUUCCUAACAGACCAGAGGGGUUCAGACUUGAGGACAUGUACUCCAAAGUACACAAGAAAAAGAAGCAAGUGGGAAGAGAGAACACUCAGGGUUCAAUAAACAUGCGUCCUGAAUGCAUUUUAAAGCCAAAGUUCCCAACUCUGCAACCUGAAGAGAAUUUGUAUGAAAGCAUAUGUGAGAUGAACAACCAUUCCGAGUAGUCUGCCAGAACUCAGGGGCCUAACUUAGGUAUCCGGACUCCAGGUCGACAGCACAAAGGUCGA